AUGAUCUUUACUCGUCGCGUUCCUCAGCGCGUUGCAGCUGAGCUCUCCCGCAGUGUCGCUAGGCCAUCUCGUCUCGCUUAUUCCAGGAAGCGCACAGUCGCCACUGCCGCAAGCGGCUCGGCCAAUCCGCGCCAGUACUGCGAGGAAUACGUCCAAAAACAUGACUAUGAGGGUUACCUGACGUCAAAGUUCUACCCCAGACACCGUCAAAGUGGGUAUUAUGCCCUCAGGGCUUUCUAUAUUGAGCUUGCGUCUGUGCAGGAGUCAGUGUCCAAUGCCGUGCUAGGCCAGAUGAGGAUGCAAUUCUGGAGAGACGCUGUUAAGGAUAGUGCGAAUGGUAAACCUCCUAGGCACCCAGUAGCUCUGGCUCUCCACGACAACAUCACGUCACUGAAGUCGGCACCCUAUCAUCUCAAACGUAUCAUUGAUGCCCGUGAUAAUGAGCUGCAGAAUCCCACCCACUUGACCAUGGAUUCACUGACGUCGCACGCAGAAUCCACAGCUUCGACCCUCCUUUACUUACUUCUUUCUCAAUUUUCCUUAACAUCCCAUGACCUCUCACAUGCCGCAUCUCAUGUCGGCAUAGCUUCUAGCCUAGCCACUCUGCUACGCGCGCUACCCUUCCACAUCUCCAAAGGUCAAAUGGUUAUUCCUGCCGAGAUCACUGCGAAGCAUGGUGUCAGCCAGGAAGAGGUGUUCAGGACGAGGAAAUCUUCGCCUAAGCUAGAAGACGCGGUGUUCGAGUUUGCUACGAUCGCGAACGACCACCUGCUUACUGCACGGGAGAUGUUUAAGGAGACGGGUGGGAAGGUGCCAGCGGAAGCUAUGCCGAUAUUCCUAACUGCGGUACCCGCUGCGUCAUAUCUGAAACGGCUGGAGGUAGCCAACUUCGACGCGUUUCACCCUUCGCUGAAGGUACGAGACUGGAAGUUGCCGUGGCAUGUCUGGAGGAGUUACUAUAAACGGACAUUCUGAAUUCGACGUGAACCGCGACGCGAUGAUAACGUUAUUCGCGAGUUGUCGUUAUCUCGAGGUACACGCGCCCUUCUAGAUCUUAGCAUAUUAUCGCAUACACCCAGCACAAGUACUCCUUAGAUUGUCCUCUGCCGAAGCGCUAUAGCAUGCCUAAUCCGAGGAUCG